AUGGUUGAGGACCCGACGGGAAGAGAUAACGAAUAGAACAGGGAGCUAGGGGUUGAAGGGACUGAGGUCCGCUUCCACAGAAGCAGGAUAAUUGCUGAGGCAGCCGCCCGGAAUAGGGGUCGCGCGGGUGGCUCGCGCCACCGGUUUGAACCGGCUUCGCCUCUCCCAUGCGGGGUUCGCGUGGCCGCAGCGCCUAGCGACCUAGACGAGGGCCAAUGGCGCGGCAGUUCCUCUGCCGUCUGGCCAAUGAGCGGGCCGUGGGCGGGCCGUUCCGGAGCUCCGUGCGCUGAUCUUGUGGUUGAAGGAGCCAGUUCUGGGGAAGGGUCCCGAGAGCGGGCGGGAGGCCGCCAGUCAGGGCCCCAAAGGGUGGCAGCUCUCAGGUGGCUGCAGAGCCGAGCCGGGCCGCCGCGCCACACCAUGGCGCCCACUCUGGCCACUGCCCAUCGGCGCCGCUGGUGGAUGGCCUGCACGGCCGUGUUGGAAAACCUCCUCUUUUCGGCAGUCCUCCUGGGCUGGGGCUCGCUGCUCAUCAUGCUCAAGUCAGAGGGCUUUUACUCCUACCUGUGUACUGAGCCAGAGAAUGUCACCAACAGCACAGUGGGGGGCACAGCAGAGCUGGAGCUCGAGAUGGCAAGCUGGAUAAAUGGCUGGCUCAGCUGCAAGGCCCAGGAUGAGAUGCUAAACUUGGCCUUCACUGUGGGCUCCUUCCUGCUCAGUGCCAUCACCUUGCCCCUGGGCAUCGUCAUGGACAAAUAUGGCCCGAGGAAGCUCAGGCUGCUGGGCAGUGCCUGCUUUGCUGUCUCCUGCUUGCUGAUUGCAUAUGGAGCCAGCAACCCAAACUCUCUCUCUGUGCUCAUCUUCAUCUCCCUGGCUCUGAAUGGCUUUGGUGGAAUGUGCAUGACUUUCACCUCAUUAACACUGCCCAACAUGUUUGGCGACCUUCGGUCCACGUUUAUUGCCUUGAUGAUUGGAUCCUAUGCCUCCUCGGCAGUCACCUUCCCGGGAAUCAAGGUCAUCUAUGACUUCGGUGCCUCCUUCAUCAUCAUCCUCGUGGUCUGGGCUGGCUGCUCCGGGCUGGUUUUCCUCAACUGCUUCUUUAACUGGCCUCUGGAGCCCUUCCCAGGGCCAGAGGACAUGGACUACUCGGUGAAGAUCAAGUUCAGCUGGCUGGGCUUUGACCACAAGAUCACAGGGAAGCAGUUCUACAAGCAGGUGACCACGGUGGGGCGCCGCCUCAGUGUGGGCAGCUCCAUGAGGAGUGCCAAGGAGCAGGCGGCGCUGCAGGAGGGCCACAAGCUGUGUUUGUCCACCGUCGACCUGGAGGUGAAGUGCCAGCCAGACACUGCAGCGGCGCCCUCCUUCAUGCACAGCGUGUUCAGCCCCAUCCUGCUGCUCAGCCUCGUCACCAUGUGUAUCACGCAGCUGCGGCUCAUCUUCUACAUGGGUGCCAUGAACAACAUCCUCAAGUUCCUAGUCAGUGGUGACCAGGACACAGUCGGUCUGUACACCUCCAUCUUCGGUGUGCUGCAGCUGCUCUGCCUGCUCACAGCCCCUGUCAUUGGCUACGUCAUGGACUGGAGGCUGAAGGAGUGUGAAGAUACCUCUGAGGAGCCCGAGGAGAAAGACGCCAAGCAAGGCGAGAAGAAGCGGGACCGGCAGAUCCAGAAGGUCACCAACGCCAUGCGAGCCUUCGCCUUCACAAACCUGCUGCUAGUGGGCUUUGGGGUGACCUGCCUCAUUCCCAACCUGCCUCUACAGAUCCUCUCCUUCAUCCUGCACACAAUUGUGCGAGGAUUCAUCCACUCUGCCGUUGGGGGCCUGUAUGCUGCUGUGUACCCCUCCACCCAGUUUGGCAGCCUCACGGGACUGCAGUCUCUGGUCAGUGCACUCUUCGCCCUCCUGCAGCAGCCCCUAUUUCUGGCCAUGAUGGGCCCUCUCCAAGGAGACCCUCUGUGGGUGAACGUGGGGCUGCUGGGCCUGAGCAUGCUGGGGUUCUGCCUCCCCCUCUACCUCAUUUGCUACCGGCGUCAGCUGGAGAGGCAGCUGCAGCAGAAGCGGGAGGGUGACAAGCUCUUCCUCAAGCUCAACGGCUCAUCCAACCAGGAGGCUUUCGUGUAGGCCCCCACCUCAGAACUGUGGCCUCCUGCCCUUGCUUCGGUGACUCACCAGUGUCCUCCUCCCCACCCCAGAGGACCUCCGUGUACCCCAGGAUCCUCUCCUGCACCAUUUUGGAGUCCAUGCUCCUUCCUAGGGCCCUGUCCUGCCUUGGAACUCUGCGGUGGAAGGACGGGAGAGGACCAUUUUCCUACUGCUGGAAGCAAGGGCUGCCCUGGGCUUUGCUCUACCACCCUGGGGCCUUGAGGCUCCAUGGUGCCUGCAGGAUGAACCAGGAGGACCCCAGCAGUCAGGCUCUCUCCCUCAAGUGUCUGGAUUCUGCCUCUUGCCAAAGCAGAGGGGUCUGCCAUCCACUGCCCACCACCUGCCCCUCGGCUGCAUGCCCACUGAGCACGCCUGGCUGAGGAUGAAGGCUUGCACAGUCUGCACCCACCUUGCCUGGCCCCUCACCUCUGCCCCUGGUCAGUCUGAGGCUGCUGAGGGAGGAAGGAACCUUCUCCUGUUGCUGGUGCUACUCCUUUGCAAUUCCAGCCCCCUGUGGCCUGCCCCAUAUUGGGCCUACAGAGAAGCCCCCCUGGCUUAGAGCCUAGGGAGGGGAUGCAGGGCUGGGUGUCCACACUUUUCAGGAGCUGUUGACAAGGUGGAUCAGCAGGCCCUCCCCUACUCCUUCAGGACUUAAGUGGGGAGGAAGUUUCCAGUGACACCCUCCCUUGAGGCUGUGGCCUGAAGGGAAUUAAAAUGGCACCAACAGGGUACCCUUCCCACAGCACACAGCAGUUUCUGUGGACACAGGAGUGAGGCUGUAGCUGGCAGAGGUGCUGGCCUGGGUGGGGAGGUCUGUUUGUGAGGGGCCUAACGGGCUUGUGUACAUGUGAUGUGUUUGGGAGCUUUGUGUAGGUGGGGUGGUAGGGUGUGGGCUCUGAGUGUCUUUUCUCCUCCUGGAGCAGCCCCGGAGCCAGCCAGGCCUGCAGCAGGCCCAGUGCCCCAGAGCCCCUCGCUUACGGCUGGAGCUUGCGCGAGUAUGGGGCCACGGCGCCCCCUGCUGGCAGCCUCCACCCGGGAAUUGGAGCCGUUUACGUGGGACAGCUCUGCCUGACAGGCCUGGCUUACCAACCUUGACUGCCCCCAGAAAUGUGUCUGACACUUCCUGGGAGCGCUAGGAGGAGUGGGUUGAUUUUUAGAUUUAUACUUUUGGUUUAUUUCUUUUAAGUUUUUAUCAGACUCGUUUUUAUAAAGCAAUAAACCCAUUUUCCUCCUGGUAAGGGAUGCCCUGGCUAGCAUAUCCGUUAAUAGCUACAUGUCCAGUUUUGAGCUCAAGAGGAAAAGCCAAAACAAGAUUUUCUGUCUCUGGUCAGCCACAGUCCUACCCAUUUGCUCACCGGCUCUCUGGGUGAUUGCCCUCUUGGGAGGGGCAGUGGGCCAGGAAAAAAAUCACUCCCCACCCUAUCCCCAAACCAAUUAGGCUUGUGCAGACAUCUUAGAAGGGUGAGCCACCCCCUGUUCUGCAGUUGUUCCAGCCAGAGACUAAUCCUGACCCCCUUUUAUCCCCUACUCAGAUUUCCUGUCACCAGUCAACUACCCCGAGGAUAGUUUCUCUUGAGUUCAGGACACAGGGAGACACCUCCACACACACACACACCUGAGAGUCAGGCACAGAGACAGGCAGAAUGUGGUCAUGGGAGGAAGGUGCAAGAACAGGAAGGACAGACCAGUCGCAAAUUCCAGCUCUGCGGGAACAGUUGAGCAUGUUGAACACACCUCAUCUUUCUAGGCCUCAGUCUACUCCAAUGUUAAAAAACAAAUGUGGUUAAAACAAAUACUUUUCAAAAAGAAGAAAGACCUAGAGCAACAUUUCCCAAACCAUUCCUCAGAACACUUAGUCUAUGAGAUGUUAAUGGUUAUUCUAUUUUUUUUUAAAGAAGCUUUUUAGUAAAAUCUGAGAAAUGCUGACUUAUAGUUAAUCAUGUUUGUUUGUAGCCAGCACCUGCAGCCCUCCUGACAUGCUCUCAGGCUUAGCGGCUUUCCGAGAGCUGGUGUGGUAGGCUGUGGAAGAAUGGUUUUAGCAAUCAGAGCCACCCUCCAGGUGAGGCCCAGUGGUCACCUCCACCUGCAGCAGGAGCUCCUUGGCUGCUUGUUACACAUGGAAACUCCAGGUCUUGCCUCUGACCUAGAGGGAAUCUGGAGCCUACAUUUUGCUAAGCCCCGCCUGGUGAUGCUGGUGCCCCUCUGGAAGUCUGAUACCCACCAACAAAGAAGAGUGCAGUUUGGGGAAAUGCUGAUUAGCAAGGACCCUUCCAGCUAGGAAAACACUGCAUUGUGCAGACCUGGCCUCUGCUGACCCCAACAGCACCCAGGCCCAGCUAAUGCGGGAGCUGCUGCCUUUCUCCCACCCACCCACACAGCACAGCAGGUGGGCACUUUGUGGGGAGAAGCAGGCAUUGAGAAACUAAAAUUCAGGGUGGAAAACAGUCCAGAGCCAACAGUGUGUGCAGAUUAGGGGCAUGAAAACAGGAGCAGGGUACUGUAUGUGUUGGCCAGCUGUACCCACACACCCUUGUCAGGGGCUCUGACAUUGCAGAAUUGACAGGUUAACAAUUUCCUAUUAUCAUCAUUGAAUCAUGGCAACAAUCCAGGAGCUAAACAGAUACUAUUAUCCCUAUUUUUUAGCUAGAAAAAUUAAGUAACUUGCUCAAGGUUAGAGCCAGAAUUUGCAUUUGGGUCCUAAGUUGCUGGAGCAGUCCAUACCCUCUAGACUAGGACAUACCAUUCAGAGCAGCAGCCCCAGGGACCACCAGGCUUUGGGAGCAGAGCAGCAACAGCCUAAGGGAAACAAAGCCAGGCAUAGUCUCCAUUUCUUGGAGCCAGGAGUUUUCUCAGAGUGGGGUAAACUCUACUUAGUAGAGUCAUCUUGGCCCUGGAGGUGGAUGGGUACUUGAGGGAGCAAGUCUCUGGGAUGGAGAGGAGCCCCAACCCCUGAAAGGAGCACUUUGGGCUGGGGAGGAGGCUGUCGGCCGGUUUCACUUAGAGCAAGGAGGAGCUUGGCCAAUCUCAGAUGCACUGCCAGGAGCCCCCUCCUCUCCUGACACCCCAGACUGGAGUCUAGGUGUUCCUUUGUGGUUGGCCUCCUCCAAACCCUCCUGGCCCCUGCCUGCAGCUCCUGCCUGAUUAGGGAAGAUUCCCACCCUCCUGAAGGUCACAGGUAUGGUUGCAGGCCCUUGGGGUUCCUUUCUGUUUUGCUCUCUCUCCUUUCCCCUCUUCUACUCAGUUUCAGCCUGGUCCAAAGAACUUCUGCUCAAGGACACUGAAAAUAGGAGGAUAUCCAGUAAUGGGGGUACAAGUGCAGGACUGCCCUCGACAGCAGCACAAAUUCAGCCCAGUGCAGUUUUUUAUGCAUUUACGUGUCAGCCUAUGGGAAUUUGAGUAGAUAAUGCAUGUGGGGUGGGUGAUGGGGCAGUGGGGACAAGUAGUGGGCAUCUAAGGUGAGGGGCUUCUGCCAGAGAGCUCUGAACAGGAUCAGGCUUCAGGGGCACCAGCUCCCCUCCCCUUGAAGGGGUAAUGUGAUGGGCUCUUGUGGGCUUUUGAGGCAGUGUGCCUUAUCUGUUCCGGUUACUGGGCCCCAACUCAAGAAUGGUAGCCUGUUUUCCCCAAAUAAGUUUCAUGGAAGUAGGAUUAGAGAAGCCCAGGACCCACAAAGUGAGGGGUUGGUUUUCCACAGGCUGCAGUCCCCCAGAGGUGGGGGUGGGUCAGGGUGAGCAGGCAGGCUCUGUGAGCCUGUUCCCCACCAUGCUUUCACCCCAAGCCCUGUGGUGAGGACUCUGUGAUGAAGGAGGUGCAGCAUCCUCCACGUGGGUGGCCUGCCACAGAGCAGGCCCCUCCCUAACAGCAUGGAGCCACAAGUGCCCAUUGGUCUCCCAGUAGCCUGUCUACCUCUUAAGUUAGUCAUUCCCAGGCCCCACCCCUUGCCAGAGUGGGACUCCAUCUCUCUGGGCCAAGGAGGCAAUGAGGGCGAGAGCAGAGCUUAGAGGCCCCAGUGCAAAUACUGUCUCAGUGACCUUAGGCAAGUCUUGAGUCUUAGUUUCAUCAUCUGUAAAAUGGAAUUAAUGCUUCACUGUGAGGCUAGGUGAACAUGUAAAGAACUUGCAUGGUAGGGUACCUGGCACUUAAUAGGCACUUAAAAGUGACAGCAUUACUUUAAUGGUCCUGGAGGAGUACAGAUAGCACAGCGCCCUGGGACCAUCCCUCACCCAUGUGCUAGGACACCUACUGUAGGCAGCUCUGACCCAACACAGACUGGUAAAGGAAGUAAGGUCUGUUUCUGCUGACUCCUCCCCUACCCCUCUCAGAGCCCUGCUCUAAGCAAAAGCCUUAAGAGUUGUCUCCUUACUCAUUUUUCUUUGAUGCCUUUGGUAAGAGACUUGGCCAAGGCAUCUUACAAGAUAAUCUCUGAAAGUGGAGGUUCAGGUGCUCUGGCAGGUUAGCAUUGAGUGGGUGACUCAGGUCGCAGUAUGUAGGCAGCAAUUCACACCACCUCCUUGGAAAACUGCUUGGCCAUGCUUCUGUGCGUGUGUGCAUGCGUGUACAUGCACAUGUUGAAGUGUGAGAUGUGUUCCGGGCAUGUCAUGUGGGCCGUGGUUAUGGGAGUGUGUGGGAGCUUGUCUGUGUGCCUCUAUGUGGACAGAGAAGAGGCAGAGGGGCUUGCCUUGCUAAGUCCCUUUCUGUUGCUGGAAAGGCAUAGGCAGGCCUGAAGGGUUCACCUGUCGCCUUUGCUGCCCAGGGUCAAUACAGUGUCACUGACCCUGACUUCCUGCCCCAUUGCUGUUUCUGGCACCCAGCUUACUUCUUGGCACAUGGUCAGCACUCAAUAAAUGUAUGCUGAGAAUGACUAAGAACUGCC